CUUCCCUCACCAGCAGACGAUAGACCUUCACACACACAUAUCUCACCUCCCCGCCACACCGCUCUCAGGCACUACGUCCACUAUACAACUUUAAGGAAUAUUACAAUAAUUGUGUGCUCUUUGACGACCGUUUCAGAGGAGUAAGUAAGUUAAACUAGAGGUGAUGAGAGAAGUAGGUGGCGGGGGGUUACGUCCCUGUGGUAGUGUGGUGUAUUUAAAUAAAUAAUAAAUGUUUAUUCAGGUAAGGUACAUACAUACAAAGAGAUUUUACAUAAAUUGAUGGAUUUAUAGAUAGAGCUAGUACAUACAAUGCCUAAAGCCACUAUUACGCAAAGCGUUUCAGGCAGGAAUUUGGCGCGAGUGCGUGGCCUGAGUCAGGUCCUCACACUCUCACCUCUCGCACCUCCCUCACACCUCUCACAUCUCUCUCUCGCCUAAGGUUUACUACUCAAGUUUUGCAGACUGUAUAAAAGUUGAUAAAAGUAUGGCACCCCGUCCAGAGGAAUCCCCCGUGUCCACACCACGCACACGCUCGCCUGCAAAAGGUGUGCGCACGGGGGGUGUGACUUGUGCUGGUCCAGAUGCACUCUCAAUGCUCAAUAUGUUGGCUGAAGUUGCAUCUGUAACUCUUCAUACUGACCCAUCUGUAACAGACACAAAUUCUAUAUACAAAUCAAAGGCCAGUAGUGCAACAAGCCGCAAGCCAAGUGACUAUGAGUUGUUAACCUUAGAGCACGUAGCAGGCAUGACGGACAACUUGCUUGUUAAACUAUUUGCUGAAUUUGAGUCCAAUGAAAUGUGGAAAAGAUUUACAUACACAUGUGGCAUGCUUCCUGCUGCUUGCUCAAAGUAUUUCCAAAGCUUUGGUAGUGAGCACAAGGCACGAGCAGGCAUGAAGUCUCACCUUCAAGUCCAUCUUAAAAGUCUUAUGGAUGUUCAUAAAAGUACACAAAGUCGUCAAAGUUAUGUGCUGGAGUCCAUUCCAGCGAGGAACAGACGUCUGGCUCAACAAGAAGGUUCAGGGUCACGCAAACGUAACUUGUCAACAAAUGGCCGGGGUUGCAAAUCUGGGGGGUCGCCAAGAACACUUACUCGUAUUGCAGACAAUGCCAGUAGACCCAAGAAAGUCUCCACUGUUACUCCGGAAAAAGAAAAUGAAUUCUGUAAAAAGAGAGAUGGGAUAGGAAUAAGCAAGGACAAGAAAAUUGGUCAACCUUCAGUAAGAACAGAUGAAAUGCAAGUAGAUGCAAAGACUACUCAAGAAAUUGUGGUCAUGGACUUGAAGCAGCCAAAGAGAAAGGUGGAGAUUACAGGAAAAGUUCGUGCCAAGAAGGUGAAGUGUGUGGCAUCUGAAAUGCAAGCCACCAAUAGCAACAUCAAUGAUAACAACAACAACAACAACUCAGAUAUGAAAGUUGAUAUAAAGCAGGAAAGAAAGGAGGAUAAAAGCCCACCAAUUCAGCAAGUGGUGUCACAUGAUCAUGUGUACCUGAAAGCUGCACCGUCCAUCAAUUACGAAAAUAAAGAGCAGGUAGAUGUGGGUGCGGGAGCUGUCUUCACUACUGAUGGCCCUCAAAGGUUCACUGGUCAGGAACCUUGUCAGAUAUCAUGGAGCUCAGGAGGCUGCAUUAAUGGUUCUGUUGGCAAUGUGUAUAUUAAGGAAUGUCCUUCAGAGGAUCGGUCAACUCUGCUUCACCAGCACAUGAAUCAAGAAUUGUGUGGAGGCAUAAUGGCACAAGACUCUGGCAGCAGUGGAACACCUCUGCCAGUUGUGGGUUGUGAGGUGGAAUUCACUCCUGAUCAACAGUACAAGAUUAUGCGCUCAGCAGAUUUGCCAGUUGUGUAUGACCACAAUAAUCCCUCUGACAGUGUAGAGACUGUGUCCAAGGUAAUAGAAAGGGAUGAAUACAAGGUGCGAAAAAAACCCAAAGGCCGAGCCAAGUUCAUCGGUCAAAGCAAGGCUGAAAAAGAGAUGGCUUUGAAGCUUAUUACAGAAAUAAGGUCACAGUCUGUUAUGGCACUGGACACACUUGAAUGCAAGAUAUGUCAUCCACCUCGCCUAUUCACUGCUCCGUCCACUCUGUUGUCCCAUUACCGCAGUCAUGCAGGCAUUCGGCCAUAUGAAUGUCGAAUCUGUGAAGCAGUGUUCACGCGACAACACUCCUUGAAUUACCACAUGCUCAUCCACACCAACCAAACACGAUUUACUUGUGUAGACUGUGGACGCAAGUUUCGCCAUCCAUCACACUUCAAAGAACACCGACGCCGUCACACUGGCGAGUCUCCUUAUGAAUGCUCAGAUUGUCUUAUGAGGUUUAAAACUCGAAAUACAUAUAAGCGACAUCUUAGAACACGACAUGGGAAACUGUUAACUACCCAGGGGGCUAUCAUCAUCCUUUCACAAGAAGAGGCAGACCGCAUGAAGAAGACACAAGGACGUAAACCUCGAAGGCCUCGUCAGCCUCUCAAGAUUAUUAGUCCUGAAACUGCUGCUCAAAUGGAGGAAGAACAGAUAUGGACUGAUUUUGAGGAAUGUGAUCGUGAGGAAGAGGAUGAAGAUGAAGAUGAUGAUGAAGAGGAGGAGGAAGAGGAGGAAGAAGGCUCACAUACUGACGAGUCUCUUCAAUCAGGUGAUCAUACAGAUGUAGGAGGUUGUCAGCUGCUGUCAAGUACUCUAGUAAAAGCAGUAGGAGUCCAACAAAUUGCCAAUGGUAAAACAGGCUUGCAUGUCAGGUCUAAUAAAUUAAGUACAUCUAAGGAUAAUAUUAGAUCUAGCCAUGUAGGAGGAGGAAAUGACUGGGAGAAUCCAUUAGCUCUAGAAAAGAAAGCUGAAGAUAUAUUUUUGGAGGAGAGGGUCGAGGAAGAGGUUAUAACAGAGGAAGUUGCCAUGGAUGACUUGCGCACCUAUGUCUUCCAGCCGCCUCCAGAGCAUAACUCAUUGCCCAAGGUAAAUAUAAGAUCUUCUUGGAAUACCAUUAACAUUGACCUUAAAAGUUUAGAAAAGGCCACAGAACCUGUUGUAGAAGGUAACAGUAAAAGAGGUGAUUGUAUGGAAGAUGUGAAGGGCGAUAUUAUUGGUCAAGAGGCAGAAGUAACAGCACAAAUGGUUGAUGGUUCCUCAGAGUUUGUGGGUGAUCAGAUUUCCCCAGAGGAAGUGAUAACAAUUUGUGCUGGAGUGGAAAGCAUGAAUGAGGAAGCAAUAAUGUCACCCGUGGCCAGGCAUCAUUCUGGGUCAGGUAAGAAUGACUGGUUUACUGUCAAGAAACCCCAGAAGUGUUAUGGAAGACCAGGAUAUAGCAUGGUGGAAUCUGGUGCCAGCAUUAGCUCAGAGACCAUGGCAAUUACUCAAGGUGCCCAUCCAGAUACCAACAUUAAUUCUAAUGAUGGUCAUGGGGUGUAUGUUGUUGAGUAUAUUCAGGGCCGGGAUGGACGGUUGGCCAAAGUUUAUCAUGCUAAUGCUUCACUUGUAAAUAGGAAUAAUCAACAGAUAUCUACUCAGACAGGCACCAUUACUAAUGCAAACACUUUAGCUGGCAGUUCUGUUAAUAAAAACAUGACCAUGCCAGUGACUACUGUACCUAGCACUGCUGCUUGUAACUCGUUCACUUCCUCAGUGAACAGUUCUAAGUUGGUUGUUAGAGCUGCAGCCAGAGAUUGCAUGAAGUUACAGACUGUAGGUAAUAUGUAUAAUACAGGAGCUUCUACUAUUGCUCCAUCCAGAACCAUGAGUAUUAUUAAUGGACCUUACUCUAAUCAUGACAAGGCACUCAUAAACAAACAGGUUGUAAACAAUGUUGUUCUUAACAAUCAUAUUGUUAAGAAUGGUAGUCUUGUAAGUAUAAGUUCUGGAGACCUACAGCGAACUUCACUGGCCAUGACUCCAUCACCACCUGUUGUUGUUACUUCUGUGCCUUGUAUAACAGACUCCAGAAGUGUCUCCAUUAGUCAAGACAACCAACCUUGGUCCUCGCAGACCAUAAACAGCAGCAGACGGUUGUCACCCAUCUCUGUAACUAGUAGUAAGAAGGGGUUGAAGAAAGGUACUGUUACACAUAUUAAAAAUCAGGUUACCUAUCCAGCAGUUAAACAUGAGAUAGAACAGUCGGUUACAAUUAAAAACAAUUUAUUAUUAAAAAAUGUUGAGAUUAUUGACCAUUUGGAUGUAGGUAAUAGUGUGUUCUCGGUAGCGGGGAUAAUUGAAGAGGGUAAGAAUGAUCGGCAUGGAGAACAAGAUGUGUAUAUUAAUAUGCCAGUAGAACAUCCUCAGAAAAGUUUAGAAUGCUUAGUUCCUUCUAAUUCCAAGGUUAAGGUAGAAGAGGUGAGGCCUCUUGAAGCUAUCUCUGAAUACCCAGACCAGCUACUUCACAAACAUGAAAAUCAAAAUGAUUACACUGCAUCAGAUGUCUUGCCACCAGCUGUAUGUUCAGCAGCCACACAGGCACUUCACCUUCUACCUUCCAAGUCCUUAACCCAGCAUGCAUCCACUAACUAUAAUGCCAACACUGUCCAAACCAUAACCUCAUCUCAUCUAGCACCUGUACUGCAAAUUUAAUCAUGCUGGCCAAACCAUUUCAUUUUUUGUAUAAUAGGGUCACAUUUGUUACCAUAUUUAUGAUAAUCAGUAUAUUGUUGAAAACUGUUGGCUAAAUCAUAUAAAUUGGAAAGAUCGUUCUCAUGACUUGAGUCAUACAUGUAGAACACUUGGUUUCAUUGACUUCAGGUACUUGUGACAAAUUUGACUAGGCAUUCAAUCGGGAUCAUUCUAAACUAAGCACAUACAAGUAUAUAAUGAAGUAUGAGAAAACUUGGCAAUUAUGAUUUUACUUUUUUUAGCCUAAUCAGUAAUGAUUACAGAGGGUUAUUUGAAGUGGUACAUCAUUAGGAACCCAGCUUAGAUAUAAUUUAUAUAAUUAACAAUAUUCCUAAAGAUGGUUUUCACUUAAUGAUCAUGUGUAAAUUAAUAAACUGGAGCUAUCUAAAUUUGGGAGACUUGCACAUUUAAAUUGUCCUUGUUCUGUGAAAAGAAAUCCAAAUUGCUGCCAAGGCUUCCAUAUUUAGACCUUCUUUUAUAGAUAUAUGACAUAGUGCAGUCACGAGUACUGUAAAAAUGCUAAAUAUAUAUUGUAUGUGUGUAUGCGUGUAUGCACGUGUUGUGUGUGUGUGUGUGUAAAAAGAUUUGGUCUAUGAGGAACUGAGGCCUUAAAUAGAGAUGACUAGCCUGACAUGUGUAAAUGCAGAUUGGGUAGACUCUUGAAAUCUGAAUUUUGUCCCCAUCAAACAUUUAGUUCAAAGUAACUAGAAUGGUGACAUUAUGGGAGAAAAGUUGAACUUUAAGCUGGGGGGGGGUGUUCAUGCAGCUGUUGUAUAGUCUCUCUAAUAGUUCUUAAGGGCACCUGAGGAGGUCAUACCCAAAAUUCAGUAUUUGAUGUGUACCAUACAAAUGUGAUAUACUGCGUUAAUUUUACAACUGUUUGAGUUUUGCUCACUCAUUAGGGCAAAUGUGAAGGGGUCUUAAGCGUGAUGUAACGCUGUUGCUUAUAUUCUCCAUAUUGGAAAGUAAUUUUGUACAGGGAGUGUUUAUAUAUUUAAUCACUGGUGAAAUAUGUAUUUGUGAGGAAUGUGACUCAUAAAUGGCAUUUGGCAUUAUAAAAUCAUGUAUUUCUAAAUGCAUUGUUUACUAAUAUAAUAAACAAAAUUCAAGGUUGAAAAUUUUAUUAAUGUAAGACUGCCAAACACCUUUUCUCUCUUUGGGAUAGUUCUAUAUCAUGCAUAAUGUUUUAUCAUAAUGGCUAUAUAGUUGGAGCAUUUUUGGAACUGCUUAAUAUGAACUUCUGAGGAAAAUUGCUACUAUUGUGAAAGUUAUUACCACGGUCUUCAAAUUCUAUCAAUUCUCUGGACAUUUCCUUCAAAUUUUUUGGCAUAGACUAAGAACAUUUUUGUUGGUAUGAAUUGUCCCCCCUUCUAAGUAACUUUAAUGUUGUGUGUGCACAUAAAGUAUACCUGUAUAUCUAUAUUUAGUAAUGCAUUGAAGAAUGGUUGUGGUCAAGCAAAUUUCCAGAUUUGUUUAUUUUCUGGCUUUUAGUGUUUACCAGCAUGUUGGCCUUGUUUGGGUAUAAUGUUACAUAUCUUCUUAAGACGUGUAACAUUAAACCCGUACAAGGUACGUGUGUGUGUGUGUGUGUGUAUACACACACACACAUUGUUUGAAAUGUGUUAUACAGUUUUAAGCACAAAUCUUAUUUAAUGAGUAUAUAAAGAAAUACUAGUAUGUUAAAAUGCAUCAGUUAUUUGAUUAAAAUUGCAAGGCGAUUACAUUGAGUUGGAAGCAUGAUAACGGUAUCUGAAUCACUAACAGAUGGCAGUCAUACCCUCCAUAGACGUUUAACAAAUCCAUCCCAGCUAUUUCAUGAAUAAUAAAAAGUUUAUAUUGCUAAUGCUAUAAACACUGGAUUUUCCGAGGCAAUGUGGUCUGUGCUUGCAAGUACCCUAGUUGCCCACCCUAUACAGAAAUGCCUAUGGUGGUUCAAAGCAGCCAGCCAUCUGCAUUCACAAAAAUCGAGCAACUUGUUGUAGGCCAGGAAUUUAAAUAACUAUUGUUCAACACCUUCGCGCUUUGGGCGAACGCGUGCCCACCCCAAGGUUGGUCGGGCAUUCCAAGGGAGCGCGCGGUAAUACUGAAAAGUGAAAAUACUCUUCAGUUUUGUCACCUCAAUUCUUGUCCUCGUUUUUUUCAUUUUGGUAUCAAUGUGUUUGCAAUAAAAUUCCCUACAGGAAUAUAUGCAGAUAUAAAGUCCAAAAGCCCGUCGUACCACCCGCAACAAACUGAAAGUGGUCGCACGUUCCCUGUGAGCGUGCAAAAGCAAUAAAAUGUGAAUACUCUUUUCAUUUUGGUCACCUCAGUUCUCGUCCUAGGUCUUUCAUUUUGGUAUCAAUGUGUUCACAAUAGAAUUCCCUACAGGAGUAUAUGCAUAUAAUGUCCAAAACCGUGACACGCUCCACCCGCAGCCAAGCCAAAGGCAGAUCAUGUGUUACCCGUGAGUGUACACCCAUUGGCCUACCCGCUACACACUCAUAUCCAGCUCUCAAAUGCCUUCUGGGUCGUGCUGCCUCAGUGCUACAUGGGCCAUCACGGAAAAUGGGAAGACAUUGCGCCAAUUUUAAAACCAGUCCCCCCAAAAUCGGGUGAAAACCUGAAUUUUAGCAAAAAAUUUUAUUUUUGACGCCAUACUGCGUUAUUCCUGCAUAUUCGUCUAAUAAAUUUUUGACGCCAUACUGUGUCAUCCCCGCACGAAAGUGUUAGAGUAAUAACUUUAAAAUUAUCUAUGAAGACAGGAAAACAUGCUCAAAUAACACUUGUAACACUAACUGCCAAUGUCUGUAGAAUUUGCAAACAGAUAAAAUUCUUUGCUUCCUCAAUGACCAUUGCUUACAAAGUAAAACUUUACAAAUGUUUUCUUUUUUACUUGAUAUUGUCUUGAGUUAACAUGAUUGGACUGUUAAAAAUCAUUACUGCAUUAUUUACUUUCCAAUUCCGUGGAUGUGCUUCUAAAAUGUAAUAUUGGUAGGUUGAGAGGCUUCAUUUGGAUGUAUGCACGAGUGUUUGCAGGUAGGGAGGAUUAGCCUUAGUCUUUGCCCUGCUUCCCUUUCAGGCAUCUGGUGCAGCCAUUCCUUGAAAUACACUAUGACAAUAAUGUCUUUUUUGAUGCUGUCAUACAAGUUGGCAUCUAUUAUCUCUAGCUUAUUCCACUUGUUCGCUGUGCAACUGCUGAAGGAGUACUUGUAUCUCUAGUGACUUUUUUUUUCCAGUUUCCGCACGUCAAUUCAUUUAUUUCCUCUUGUUAUGACAUUCGAUCCUUUCCUCCUAUCUCUGUAUCUUGUUUAUGACCAUGUCUCCUUGUUCAUGUGCAAACAAGUUGGCUUUAUGGGUUUUGCAUUUCCAAUAACAUUCCCUGUUGUUGCUUGCUUCAGGACUGGCUUUAUGUAAGGUAUGGGUAGUAUUUUGAAUUAUUAAAUGUUCAGGAUUGAGAAGGCUGUUCUUUUGGGUGCAUCUUCUGCAUACAUUGUUUUUCUGGUGUAAGACUAUCAGGUGAUAUCUCCUAGGUUUUUCCAUUUCCUGAUGUCAUUAUUUCUUGGCAGUCUUUACUGUUCCUCUGGUUUUUCUGUCUUUCCCACUCUAAUUACUGUGUAAAUAAUUUAUUAUAAUGACAGAACCUGCCAGAACGUAGUAUGUAUUGCAGAGUCACUUGCCUCCUCUCACAUUUUCCUAAUUAAAAAAAAUGUUUUAAUAAUUUUCAAUACAGUGCUUGUAAGGACAGCAAAGACAGGUCAAUCAGAUGAUGUGACAUAUCUCUUGACAUUUCACAACAAGUUGCAUGAAUGUUUUGAUGGGUAAUGUGGAAUGGAGCUCAAAAUAUUUUAUUUGAAAUAAGUUUCACUUGGAUUGGUCUUACAAGUACAGUAAUGUGUUUAAUACUAGGGCUUAGGCCUGAAUCUUGCCAUAAUAUUGGCAAGUCAUGUUUUUAUAUUGUUUUAAAUGGCAGUUUUUUAUUCAGUUGUAAAGCUACUCUAUCAGCCAUGUAGAACAAUGCUCCCUAUUUUAUACUGAAGAGAAUGUAAGUUCAUUUAUGUACUUACAGUUGUAAGACACAAAAAUCAACAUGGAGAAUGUUUAUAAUAUGCUAGCUUAGCAUUGAAUUAUUGUGUAAUACUUGUACAUGUGUGCAUGUUGCUGUACUGGUCUCGGUCAGAUAAUUUGUUUGAUUAAAUGCGUAAUAAUAGAAUUGCAACACUUUCAGCCAAGAUAUGAUGUGACAAUCAAGAAUGUGAUAUUACAGAGCAUCUUUGUUAUAUUGUUUUAGAAUACUAAUGUUUGACACUUAAUGAUAUUUGUUAAAAAAGGGGGAAAAGAAAUUUUCACUUUUCACUGUUGAUGUACUCAGGAAAGUCUUUUGUAAUUUAAUAUUUUCUUAAGAUUGUUUCCAGACAAAACUGUAAUGCUUUUCCAAAAGUAAUUUUACGUAGGUUGCAUGUGAAUACAUUGAUAAAAAUAGUUAUGUAUUGUGUAGGUAAAGCUGUUAGUGAGGUAUUUAGGAAUGUUCAGAUGUAAAAAAAAAAUAUUAAAACCGAAGUAAUUAUUAUCAAAAGAAUGUCAGUGAAGAAGUGGUAAUUAAAAAUUAUCCGAAAAAUGUUAAAGAAGUUUGGAUAAUUAACUCUUAAACUGCUAAAUUAAAUUGUCCCUUACUCAGGUAAGGGACAAUUUAAAAAAUUUACCUGAGAAAAGGGACAAUAUCCCUUUUCUCAGUUAAAUUGUCCUUUAAGGGGGUUAUAAUUCCAGAAAUCAGAUCUUAUUGGUUUUUAAGAAUUCCUAAACAGAUCUCAAUUUUACUCAUUACUAUGAUUGCUACAUUUCUAUAUGUGCUUAGAAGAAUACAAUGUAUUUAACUACAGAAAGUGUUAGCAGCCUAGGGGUUAAAUGUUGAAGCUGAAAGUACAAAAGUUAGAUGCUUAUAAUAUGCUUGACAAAAAGUAACUUUCUUUGAUGUAUAUAUUUUGUAGAGAUAUACUGUAUUAUGUUGACUAAUGCAGCAUUAAAUUUUUUGAUAAUUGUAUUAGAAAUCAGAAGAAUAUAGAUGCAAGAAGGAAUAAAGUAAUUUUUUCUAAACUUAGAGAUGAAUAUUAAAACAAAAUUGAAUGUUAGAUGUACUGAUAUGGAUAUAAAAUUGAGAUAAGAAAACUACAAGUACAGUGAGUGUACUUGCUUGCUUAAUCAUGGACAAGUGACAUGGGCACCGUUACUACUGCUGUACUACUGGUUGACCCAAGUACAUGUAGUUGUUAAUAUAAUAUGAUGGAGCCAUAAGAGGGCUUAUCCUUUAUAAUAACUGUCAUUGUGCCGAUGGCAUUUAUCUUGUGGAGGCUUCUCCAUGUCUGAAAGUGAUGCCAUUAUUGGAGCCGUGUAGUACCUGAGUUGCCAGUAGCAUUGUAUAUAAUUGCUGCGGGUAAACAUUUAUUAACCGUUGAAUGUUUGUUGUUAUGUUAUGCAGGCCUUUGCUGGGUCACAAUGCAUGAAAACAAAUAAUUGAUGUUAUAAAUUGAACAGAAAUAUAAUGUUUAAAGAAAUGUAUUUCUCUGAUGCAUUCUUCUAUUUAUUGCCAGGCAUUUUAGUGCGGUGUGGUUGUAGAGUUAGUGGUGUGUAAAUAGUGCUAUCAAAAUGUAAGUGCCUUAUCACAUCCCUCUUCCCUUCCAUUAAAGUAUACCAUUAUGUGCACAAGUACGCAAUACAAGUGCCUUGACUCAGUUUAUGCUUAGUGGAGGUUUACUUUAAUUUUAGCAUGUAAUAAAAUACAAGAAACUAAUGGAAUAUAUAUAUUUUUAUCCAGUACUGUAUAAAAAAUCUUGUCAAUGUGGUUAUUGGUGAUGGAAUGUGCAUAAACUCUCAAUAUAACAUUUUAUGCCAGUAACAUAAAUUAAGUCAAAUAUUUCUACAUGUGUGCUUCAUUUUCCUUUAAAUGGGUGGUUAAAGUGCAGUUAUGUUUAUACUGUAUAUAAAUCUUGGGAAAUCUGCACAUCUUGUAAUUAUUCCAUAUAUAAUGUAAUAUUCAGAUCAGUGAAGCUUCAUAUAUUGAGGCAAUGCAGCUGUGCUUGUGGGGCAACUGAAAAGCUCUGCAAUCUCAACCAAUUGUUAAUACUGUAUAUUACAAACAAAAUUGUAUUUAAUUUGUAUUUUAAAUAAUAUUUGUCUACUCUUUUAAUGUAUACAAAAUUAUUUUUAUGAUGUGCAAACGUAGGAUUAGUGGGAGAUGAAUGUUAUGAUCAGUGUGGUGUAUAGCAAGACAGUAGAAAAAUGUAUACACAGUACAUUAUCGAGAAAUAUUAAGUAAAAUAUUUGAUGUAAGGAGUCACUAUGGGAAGGUGAAUGCAAAAGGGGUAUAUUGGGAAAGAACCAAAACCAUAGAAAAUGUGUGAUUUUAACUGUCAAAAAGGGAAUAGGGGAGAUACUGCCUUUUCUGUGAAAAUAUCUGGCUUUUAAAAAGGAAGGGAUGCAUGGAAAGUUAUGCCAAGUGAUUUUACAAAGGAAAGAUGAAAUAUAAGUUGUUCAAAGAUUAAGGAAAAUGAUUGUGCCUAAAAAGAAAAAUGAGGAAUUUGGGAGAAAGUUAAGUGAAGAUACUGUAAAAAAAAAUAUGCAGCAUAAUCCUUUGAGCAUAACUACAAAAUUCUAUGGUUGGUUUUCAUUUUGAGUUGUAGGCAUUUUCAUUUGCCAUUCAUCAAGACUGGAAAAAUAUAGUUUAGAAGCUGUUUUUCACCAUUUUCAUGAUGAAACAAUAGCAUGAUGGUUAAAUCUUUGUACAGUCAAAUUUGUUCGUGUGACAAGUUGAAAUCAAUAUUUUUGUUCAGUAAUAUUUGCCCAUUGAGCGUGGUAAUUAAUCAGCUCUUCUCAAAGGUAAGUACAGUUUUAUCGCCUUAAAUUAUAUUCCAAUGUUUUGCCUUCCAAUGCAGUAUACUGUAUUUAAAAUACUGUACAUUGUUUAUCUUUUUGUUGUCUUUGUCCAAUAUGUUCUAUCAGUUUAGGCCAUAACAAAAGCAUUUUGAUGUGUUAAUUUUAGGGCCACUCUGCACUAACCUUGAAUUCCUUAAUGCCUAUGGUUUGUACCAUAUAUUCUGCUUCAGACUGAGUUGGCAGGUCACCAAUAGCUAUUCCUGCCAUAUAUAAACCACUGAUAAGCAGUCACAUCUAACUGCUUGGAUUUUGAUGGCCUUGAGAUUUCCUUGUCGCUGCUCUUACCUCCACAAUUUCCUUCCGUAGCUUUUUCAUGUGUGUGGCAAUGCAAUAAUCCUCUGCCAGCAGUUUGUCUGCCCCGCUACUGUCUAAUUUCUCCAAUAAAUUUACCUUAUCCAGGGUAAGGAAGUUUCUUGUGGCCUUACCUUGCUAACGACAUGAUUUCAACUUGUCAGUGGUGAUACUGCAAAUGAAGAUGCUUGAGCAACGAAAAGUCAGACUGCAUGCAUGCACUGGGAAUACUCGUGGGUAGUAUGUGUGUGCAUGAAAAGUAGGUCUAUGGAUGCUACAGAAAAUUCACAAGAACAAGCUUUUUGGCACAAUUUACAUGUAGUACAAGCACAAUGAAACAUUUGUUAAAGGUAAAAAAAAAAUUAAAUAUUUAGUAUUAAAAAGAAACAAAAAUACUGGAAAAUAAUUUCAUAUCGUACUUCACCACGCCUUUUGUCACUAUUGGACUUUAUUUUUUGUAAUACAACAAAUCUGUUUUGACGAGGCAUUUGCUUGGUCCCUAAUGUAGUGAUCGACUAUAUGGAAGUUGGCUUUAAGCGAGUGCACUGAUUGUUGCUUUCUUUGAAGUAAUGUUAUUCAUAACAUCUAUUUUUAAAUAGAUCAAAUAGAAUAUGUAUUGCAUACUGCCUAUUGCAUACCAACCCACACUUAUCAAAACAAAUGAUCAAACUAAGGUUUGUAUGGAAGCUGUACCUUUGGGAUUAAACAGAUGGUUCUGUGUGGGGGUUUAUAUAAUUUGAACUCAGUUUUGAAAGAUGUUUGAAGUUCCAGAUAGUUAACUUUUUUAGGUGGUCUAAAAACCAUCUGAGCUGCAGUUGCUUGAAAAGUUUUGAGGUUUAUAUUGACAAUACAAAUUCUUAUGUGCUUUGAUAUUACUCAUAUUUAUAGUUUUUUAAAUUUAAAAUUCAUUUUAAUAAAAUCAAUACAAUAUACAGUAUUUAGAAUUAUAUACAUUAAUAAGUAAAAUUUAGUGUAUGCAAUUCAUUAUUCAAUUGCAUCAUAAUUCAUCAACUUGUAUAACUCAUAUUUACAAAUGUCAAAGAUAUUGUACACUAAAGCAAUUAUCAGGAAGGUAAGGGAAAUAUUAGCAGAAAGUGCCAAGCCAUUAUGACUAGUAUUGUACAUUAGUAUGCUAUCAGUAUAAUGUGUUAGUUCAAACAAGUAUUGUCAUUGAUGUUUGAUCAUGUCAACAGUUUACGCUCAACACCUGAAAUGUAGAAAUUGUAAUCAAAGUCAGGGUAACCAUAUUUAAAAAUAAAUGUUUUUUAAAACUUUUUAAAGAUUAAAACUGUAUUCCUUUAGGUUCGCAGGUUGUAUUGAGGAUAGAAGGAUGGGCUAAUUUUGUUCAUAAAUAAAUGUUAUUAAAAAAUACACGUAUUUUGAAGAGGUAUUGUUGAUCUUCCUUGUGUACUGAAAAGUAUUUCCAAGUACUUACAAUAACAGAUAGGCAGUGUGUUAGCACUCUGCCCACUAAUCCAUGAUACCAUCAGUUAAAAAUAUUCAACGGUGGUUUAAAAGUUUUACACGGUAAGCAGAGUACUGUAACUUAAAACGUGCCGAAAUUAAAAUUGUUAUUGGUGUUUUGUAUUUUAAUAUUUAGGGAGAAGGUACUUUUAAAAAAAGGCAAAAUAUAGCUAAUAAAAAUUGGGUAGUAAAGAUCCAUCCAUGACACUUAGAUGAAUCUAUAUCUUUUAGUUGAUGAUAUGCCAAUAGUAGUUUAUGAAGUUUAAAAGAGUGACUAAGGAGAAGACUGAACAAAUCCACAAGGGCCGUGAUGAGGAUUCGAACCUGCGUCCGAGAGCAUCCCAGACACUUUACAUUUGUGAAGAGAUAAUUCAAAUCUCACACUGAUGCAUCACCAGGUGAUAUAUAUAUCACUCUAACAACAGUUCCAGUACUUGGCCUCUGCUUAAAUUUCUUACAACAAGUAGAUAAUAAAAAGGAAAAUAGAGACUUGAGCAAUGAAGUGUGCCCAAAGUGCUGUGUAUAUUAGUGGCUUUAUGUAUUGUACAUGUCUUGCCUAUGAAUUCUCCACUAUUCAUGUAUCAUAUAGAUGGAUAAAUAAGUAAAAUAUUAUUAGUAGUAAGGUCACCAAAAGUAGCAUAAACAAUACAGUUAGUAAACAUUCAGGUACUUAAGUUUGUUUGUCAUUUUCGGUGCCAAAGAAUUGUACUUAUUUUUUGUUCAAUUUAUACAUAGCUGUCAGCACUUUGUGCUAUCAAUAGCAGUUCUUGGUUCAUUUCCCUGUGUUAACUACCUGGAUAAAAUAAGCUAUUUUUGACUUUUGACAUCAUUACUGUAAUGAGUACAUAUAGUGUACAUCACUUCAUAUGUAAACAAAUAGAUAUUGUGUGUACAAGCCUUAACAAAUUCAGUACUCUAAACCUAUUUAUAAGAAUGAGAUGUAUAGUGGUGAAGCUUCAUAGGUAAAAAUUCACUCUGUAUUUGCAUUUGAUAAGACAUUAAUGGAAUAGUUACAUAGAUUUUUCUAUAUGUAUACACAUUUAAGAAUGCAUUGUAAAAUGGCGUGGUGAUUAGUAUAAUUAAUUGGCAAAACUCAAUAUGAUUCACAUUUCUGUAAAAUCUUGGUAUAGUGAGCAUAUUUCACUGUGCGCAGAGUAUCUUGAAGUUAAUUAAAAGAAAUAGAAAUGGAUAAAGUUUACCCAAGCUAACUGCUAGUAAGUUCAGGUGGCAUACUGUGCUUCCCACAGCCGUUAUGUUGAACUUUUCAUUAUAGUCUCAAGUACAGUGUUAAUUACAAAUAUACUAGAUUGUUUUUCUUAUUUCAUUGAGCUACUGAUUACUUAAACUAUUUAAAAGGAUGUAGAUUAAUUAAGGUUAGUAGCUAAACCUGUCAUAUAGCAAUAAUAGAUACUAAAUGUGCUAUCAUAUUUAAACUUAUAUUUUAUACUUUAAUAAAAUUUAAAUAAAAUA